CGGGCAUCCAUUUUCUCUUCUAUAUAUACUAACCAGCCUCUGCCUCUCUGCCUCUACAUCACCUGCUUUCAUUACUGUAUAUUCUUCUCAUUUCCUUCUCCAAUUAAUAUAGCUAGCAUUCUCAUCUGAAAAUGACUGACAUCCAGCAAGUGGUUGUUCCAGUUCCGAAAUCCGAUGUAGCCGCCAUGGAAAGUGCAGCCUUGCCGGCCGGACCACCGUUUAAGGUGGCAAUCCCCACUGCGGCAUUGUUCGAAUCCACGUCCGAAGAAUCUUCGCCCACAUCCUGCCGGUCCCAUGAUCUAAGCAAUUCUUGGAUUUUGAGUCAUCCUUCUGCUCUUAGCAAUUUUGACGAAAUAGUGAGAUCUUCGAAAGGAAUGAAGAUAGCUAUGUUUCUGGAUUAUGAUGGUACACUUUCCACCAUUGUUGAAGACCCUGACUUAGCUUACAUGACUAAUGAGAUGAGAGAAGCUCUGAGGAACAUUGCAAUGCAUUUCCCCACAGCUAUAGUGAGUGGAAGGUGCACGGAAAAGGUAUACGAUUUUGUGCAACUAUCUCAACUUUACUACGCUGGAAGCCAUGGAAUGGACAUCGAGGGUCCAGGAGAAGGAAAUACGCAGUUUGACGUAACGGUUCCGACCCGUCGUCGGUUUCGCAACUCGUCAUCAAUGCUGGCCAGCUCAAAAUAAGCUGUUCUCCACCAACCAGCCAUAGAAUUUGUGCCCCUGAUUGAAGAGGUAUAUAAAGUAUUACUGGACAAAACCAAAUGUAUCCCAGGAGCUAGAGUAGAAAAGAAAAAGUUUUGCUUGUCCGUGCACUAUCGUUGUGUUGAGAAAAAGAAACGGAGUGAACUUCGUGACCUAGUAAGAGCUGUGACCAAUGACUACCCAAAGCUUGGAUUAUAUGGAGGGAGUAAGGUUAUAGAGAUUCGCCCCACCAUUGAUUGGGACAAGGGAAGGGCAUUGGUGUUUUUGUUGGAAGCAUUGGGUUUUACAGAUUGUGCUAACGUUUUCCCAAUUUACAUUGGCGAUGAUCUGACGGAUGAGGAUGCUUUUAAAGUUUUGCGAGAAAGAGGACAGGGCAUUGGAAUCUUAGUCUCCGAAUCUCCCAAAGAAACCAAUGCUUCGUAUUCUCUGAAGGACCCACUUGAGGUUAUGGACUUUCUCAAACGCUUGGUAGUAGAAAACAAUCAAGACGAUCCUCAAUAAGACAAUGAAUUAAGGGAAUGAGUGUCCUUAAAUUGCUAGCAAGCUAAUCCUAAUAUAAUGAUCUAAUAUCUGGGAGGACCACAACUGGACUUUAUAUAGUAAUAACUGGCCUGGCCUACUAAGUGGUCGGUAGGGAGGUCGAUCGAAG